ACACUUUCUCAGUGUCUCGGUGGUCCCUGUGUGUGAAUGUCAGAGUAACGCGUGGAAAAAUAAUUGUUAAAUUUAUUAUUAAUUUAUUCUUACAAGUAUUUGUUAUUAUUUUGAUUUAUUAUUGUGCUUGUGAUCUGAUUUUUAUUACAAGCACAUCUAAUAUUCGUUAGUAUAUUUUCGAGUUAAAUAUUUUCAAGUUGAUAAUUUGUUAAGAUAUUCGUAGUGCCUCGGGCGGGUGUAAAGUUUAUAAAACUAUUUAUUUAUCUAUUGUAAUCGGGGAUUGACAAGUAACUAAAUAUGAGAAAUUCCACGCUAUUAAAAUGGGCACAAACAACAAACAACAAAAAUCAGUCGAGUAAAAAUGGAGGAACCAAUAGAAAUUGGAUCCAUCCACCUGAUGCACUUCAGAAAGGUCAUAUAGCAUACCUAGUCAAGUAUUUAGGAAGUACUGAAGUAGAUCAACCUAAAGGAAUAGAAGUAGUGAAAGAAGCAAUAUGUAAGCUAAAAUUUAAUCAACAACUACGGAAAAGUGAAGGCACUAAAACACCAAAAGUUGAGUUAACAAUUAGUAUUGACGGUGUUGCGAUCCAAGAACCAAAAACAAAAACAACACCAAAGCAUAUUUUGCAUCAAUAUCCACUUCACAGAAUAUCUUACUGCGCAGAUGAUAAAGGCGAGAAAAAAUUUUUUAGUUUUAUUGCGAAAGAAGAAGACGCCGAGCGGCAUACAUGUUUUGUCUUCGUAAGCGACAAAUUAGCUGAAGAGAUAACGUUGACAAUUGGUCAAGCGUUUGGAUUAGCUUACAGAAGAUUUCUCGAAACAUCCGGGAAAGAUCUUGAGACACAAAGACGAUGCAUGGUGCUUCAACAAAAAAUACGACGAUUAGAACAUGAAAAUAAUACAUAUCGACAAAGAUUGCAAGAUAUAUGUGCAAUAAAAGGCUCGGCGGAUGUUCAAUCUUAUUUGGCACAUCACAAUCUCCCGGAUAUUCUGCACGUACCAUCAAACUCAGAUGCAGCCCCUGAAGGACCGCGACUGAAUGGCACUAGUCACGUGAAAACUAAAAACGAUGCAAAUGGUAAUGACUCUCGAUCACCACCACCAGUACCACCGAGAAACUUUGAUAAGGCUUUUGAUGAUGAUUUUAUAACUAACAAUGAAUCAUCUCCUUCGAUUCAAUCUCCAGCUGUUGGGACUAAACUUGAAGGUUUAUUGAUGGAUGAAUUUGAAGAAGAUUUUAAUCCACGAGCUUAUGAAACGACUGCUAAUGGUUUUGGAAAUCAUCAAAAUAACAAUUUGUCAAAUGGACAAUCUGCUAGUCUCUUUGUAUCAUCUAAUGGAAAUGGCACGACUCCACCACUUCUUGCUCCUCCACCAAAAGUAAAAGAUUCAAGGCGCCAAAACGGCAUCAAAGAAGAUUUAUUUGGAAGUGUUCCAUUUAACCCGCCACUGCCGCUUUCCAGCACUUCUAACGAUUUUAAUAAUGAUCCAUUUGAAAUGGGAGAGUUUGCAGCGUUCUCAGUUUCUAAUCCGAGUCAACAAGAACUAGAAAAUGCUAUUGGGUUAUUAGACAAAAGAUUGCUUGAGAUGAAGGAUGGAUUUAGUCGAGGAUUAUCAAUGGGAACUGAUGAUUUUUCAUUGGAAAGUUUAGAUCCACUCCGAAACUAAUUUUAGAUAUUCAGAUAAAUAUUAAUUUAAGAUAUCUAUGACAAAAUUAAUUUUUAUGUUUAAAAUAAUAAAUCAAAUGAAUUAAUAUUAUGAACAAACGAUUGAAAAUUUUAAUAAUCAAUCGUUUUUAUGAACCAAAAUUAGUUAAUUAACUUUUUGUUUUUAUAAUGUUGAAAAUAUCUUUGUUAAUAAUCAUUGCGUAAGAGUAAUAAUUAUAAGUAAUAAUUAUUUCUUUUAAUAAAUAUUUCAAUAUAAAAUAUCAUUAUUCAAAAAAUCAUGAUGGUUACAUAUAAUCAUAAUGUUUAUUUUAAUAUGAAAGAAAUAAGAUUAUAUAGAUAAAAAAUUGCACUAUUUUGUAGGUUUUAUUUUAUUUUUAUUUUUUUUUUUUUUUUUU